AUGCAAAAGCAAGCACCUUGCUGCCGCACUGACGUUCCGAAGUCCUUUGAAGCCAUCUCGAGGGGGCUACAAAGUCUGCAGGAGACUGAUCAAGUCGCAGAUGCAAGCCGCGCACUUUCCACGGAGAAUGAAAAUCUCCGACAAGAGCUGGUGCAGAGCAAGCAGGCCACCACGGAGGCAGAAACACGGCUCCAGGAGGUAACGCUGCAGCUCCACCAGUUUGGCCAGGCGAUCACCCAGUUCCAGAGCCAAUAUCAAGCAGAUGCCGCCACAAUUCAGCGACUCCAGGGCGACUUGGCAUCGACACAGGAAACUGGCGCCUCCCAGGCAGGGCAGCUGGAGUUGGCACUUCGGGAGCGGAACGAGGCCAACCAGAGGCUGCAGGAGGUCUUGCAGAGGAGCCAGGAGACCUCCCAAGUUGCACAUGCCGGCUCAACGGAGAACGAAAGGCUCCGGCAGGAGUUGGCGCAGAGCAGGGAGGAGCUGAUGCGAUGCGUGGCAAAGCUGCAAGAUGCAGAACGCUUGCAGCUCGAAAUCCGGCGUUUGCUGCCCUUUGAAGAGGCAAGCAAAGAGCUGGAGACGCGGCUCAAAGAGGCAGAGCUGCAGCUCGAGCAGCGGAGCCAGGCAAUGACAGAGCUCCAGCGCCAGCAUGCAGCCGACGCCGCUUCAAUCCAGCGCCUCCAGGGCGACCUCUUGUCGAUCCAGGAGACGGGGGAGUCCCAGGCAGGACAGCUGGAGUCGGCGCUACUGGAGCGCAACAAAGAGUGCGCGACACUGCGCCGGGAGCGUAACGAGGCCCAACAGAAGCUCCAGGAGGUCUUGCAGAGGAACCAGGAGAACCUCCAAGUGGCAGAUGCCGGCCGCGCACUUUCCACGGAGAAUGAAGCUUGGCUGCUGCGGUGGGCAGAGUGGAAGCAGGAGCUGAAAUCCUUGAACAGCGUGGUGGAGCGGUGCGUGGCAAAGAUGGAAGCUGAGAGUCGUGAACGCCCCUUCCUCGUGGAUAAGCGCAUGGUCACACAAAUGCUGGCAGCCUAUUUGGAGCAGCGGGAGAAUCCGGGAGAGGAGGUGCAGGCGCUGGAAAGACAUCCGGCGAUUCUGAACAAGAUGGCUGACCUCCUUGGCUUCACCUCAGCCGAGCGCGAGCAGGUAGGCUUGUCACAGAAGCGGAAGACACCGCUGCAGAUGCAGGAGCCACAAGGCCUCGCAGACCUGACCGACCGCUUCGUCGAUUUUCUGAUGGAGGAGUCGGUUGGGCCUCCCACAGAUUCCGAGACAUUUGCCCAAGUUUGCCAGGGCAUGAAGCCCAGAGAGGACUCCUCGCGGCGGACGAGUGGAGAUGUGGCCGGUGUGCGUCCGUCCUCCAUUACUGGCAUCCGCAACGCCAUGCUGGCAGUGCUACGGGAGGCGGCCCUGCAGACUGUCUCGGAGAUCUUACUAGAACGCCGGCGCCACCACAUCCGAGGGGCCCUAAGUUGCUGGCAUCAGAAUGCGAGGCGGCGCCAGCUGCAGCGCGAACAUGACAGGGCCGUUGUGGUGGCAGCUGGAUCAACAGAAAGGCUCCGGAAGCAGCAUGCCGACGAGGACGCGCUCACGCGCCAGCGAUGGAAGCAGGAGCGCGAGGUUCUCAUCAAACAAAUUGGGGAGGAGCCGUCGGAGGAGGAUGUGAGGAGACUCCUGCAGCUUGACUCGCAGCAUCGGAGCAACAUGUCCGUGCUGGGAGACAGACAGCAACGCGCUCACCAGGAGCACGACUUCGCCCAUGCCCAGGUCCAGAAGGGACACAAGAAGAACCUGAAGGUUAUGGCCUUUGCAGCCCUCGAGGCCAUGGUGAAGGCUUCGCCGGAGAAGCGGCCAGGCGACGUGCGUCUUUCGGAGGGCAGCCCUAGUGUCUGUUUUCUCCAAUGGGCCUUCACCGAGCAUCCCGAGGUCUGGUCCGUGCCCUUCCCACCAGCAGCAGAUCUAAUGCACGCCAUGGCGCAAACGGAGCAGCGGGUCUCCCUGGCAUCGGCGCUUUCAGAGCUGCGCUCGGCUGGACGCAGGGUCACGGCGAUUUCGAGACCCGGGAGCCUUUCAGGUGCCGCCGAGAAGCCGUGGGGCAAGGAGGCCACGGCGGUGCGCUUUCUCCGUCGUGCCCUGACGACGGCCGUUCGCCGUUCCGUUGGGUCCUUUUUUGGGCAUCUCAAGGUAUCGCCCCCUGCUUCUCCCAAGAGAUCUCGGGGACGUUCAACACUUGCCGGCACCGCAGCCCCGGCGACGGCUGGGGCCCUUCGCCACAGAGUGGCUUCCGCCUUCCACUUGGGGGAGGAGUUCCACGACAGCCGGCGUGCAGUGCCAGAGAUGGCAGCUGGAAGUCCUUUGGCAGCGCGCAUGAAGGCGCUGAAAGCAGACGCUGCCAAGCAGGCUCAGCCGCCACAGGCAGUUGCUCGGGCACCAACCGACCUUCAGCAUGCAGCAGCCACCAAAAUCCAAGCGCACGCCCGGGGGCGAUGGGUGCGCAAGCGUGUCCGGAAGAAGGCGACGAAGCCAGAGGAGAGCCACUUGCCUCCGCUACCUCCGCCACCAUGGGAGGUGCAGCAAGCCGCGGCCACGAAGAUCCAAGCGCACGUGCGUGGGAAGCAGGGCCGAGCUCGCGCUUCGAAGCUGCGCAAGAAGACCUUCACACGCCGGUCCGCGCUGAAGCUGCAGAUGCGAGCGGCCGAUGAGGAAUCACCGACGCCUGGGCUCCAUCGGCAACCUUCCAAGGCUGCCCCUGUGCCUCCGGCGAAACGUCGACCCUCAGCCGGUGCCAAGAGACCGGAUGAUGCACUGCAGGAGCCCGGCGAGUUCGAGCAGUCGAAGGCUUUGCCCAGCCGUCUGCCCGCCAUUCCACCAGAGGUUGCCGCCACGAAGAUCCAAGCGGCAGUGCGAGGGCAUCAAGCACGCCGUCGUGUCGCGCACUCGCGGCCUCGAAAAGCACGGAUACUUUCGGCUUCGCGAUCUCAGCUCACGGAUGCAGAGGAGAGUGAGGAGGACGAAGAAGAGGAGGAGGAGGAGGAUGGAGAAGAGGAAGACGAGGAAGACGAUGAGGAGGACGGCGGCAGCGUUGCCGUCUUGGGGCCGCCUGUAGGCGAGACGGAAUAG